AUGGACCUCAGUACCCAGAGUCUUAGUGCCACCAUUCUGCAACAGCUGCCGGGCCACUCAGACAAAGACACAGAACUGCGCUCCUGUGGCAGCUGGAGUAUCGCCUUUCGCGAUGUCGCAGGAAAAUAUGCGCUGGAUCCGCAAAACCUGUGUCUGCUGGAAGCCGCCAGGAGCUGUGAGGGCUUUUUUGCGCAGCCACCACAGAUGUUCCUGGCAAGCCUGGAUCUGCUGCUGGCAAAAAUGCAGGCGGCCGGUGCGCCACUGGCUUCUGUGGACGCGCUCAACUGUUCGGCCCAGCAGCACGGCCAGGUCUGGUUGAACCGCUCGUUUGCUGACUGCUGUGCGGCAUUACAGCGGCCACAGAGUCAGCGCUCCCGUCUGCCGGAACUCUUUGCCCGGAGCUACGGCUGCCCCGUUGCACCGAUCUGGAUGUGCAGCCAGACUCAGGCCGAAGCCGGGCACCUGCUGGGCAGGCUGGGUAAGGAAAGAGUACUGGAGCUGAGCGGCUCGGCCGCGCCGCUGCGCUUCAGUGGUCUGGUGCUGCGCUGGCUGGCGCUGCGGGAACCCGCCAUGUACGGUCUGUCUGUGCGGAUUCAUCUGCUGAGUUCCUGGCUGGCCGCUGUGCUGAGCGCUCAGAGCAGCGUGCCGCUGGACUGGGGCAGCGCGGCGGGGACAUCGCUGAUGGAUUACCGCCGGAAAUGCUGGUCGGAAGACCUGCUGGACUGCCUGGCCGAAGGACUGGAAGGAGGGCCGGAAGGCCUGCGCGCCCGACUGCCGGAACUCUGCCCGGCGCAGCAGUGUGUCGGGACCCUGGCCCCGUAUUUCGGCAAAUACGGUCUGCGCCGCGAUUGCCUGGUGCUGGCGGGCAGCGGCGACAACCCCCAGACCAAAGUCGCUCAGCAGGGCGACCUGCUGAGUCUGGGCAGCAGUUUUGUGUUGAUGAGCCAGGCAUCUGGCUGCCACGAAUGGGCCAAUGCCAUGUAUGACGGCCUGGACCGGCCCUUUUCGUUUGCCUGCCGCAGCAACGGUGCCCUGGUCUGGGAUGCCUGGCGGGAGCAGCUUGGCCUUUCUCUGGCACAGCAGGACGAAUUGCUGGCGCAGUAUCCUCCAGGUUCGGUGGAGCCGCUGUGCCUGCGUCUGCUCAACGAAAGUUUCCCGCCCGGCCCGGCAACGCAUCCGGCCAUUGAGAAGGUGGUCCGGCCGUAUACGGAGCCCGGUAAAAAUCUGGCCGCCGUUAUUGAUGGCACCUUGCAGGAGCUGCACCAGGCUUGUGUGGAAGUUUUCGGGCCAGGGCGCGAGGUGUUGUAUGUGACUGGUGGUCCUGCCCGCUCACCACAGAUUCUACGUCGCAUUGAAGAGUUCUGGCAGCGCCCGGUGCGGACCUUCCACAGCGCCGGAGCCUCUUACGGCGCAGCCAGGCGGCUCUGGCGGCUCUGGCGGCCUGUCGCUCUGCCGGGUUUCAGGGGCCGUUCAGGGGGGGCCAGGGAUGAACUGCUCACACAGCCGGCAGGAGACAUCCACAUCAAAGCCGGGGUAGGGCAGGAAGAUUAA